GGACGCUGCGGCAGUUGGAGAGGCUGCAGGAGAGUCUGGUGGGAGGACAUCCACACGUGACCCGGAUCCGGAAUCUCGAAGCCCGCGGAAGCUGUUGCAAGCCAGGAUUUCCUCUGCGGGGGAAGGAAGGAAACAAGCAGAAGGACCCGCAGGGAUCUGUCCUGCGGCCCCAGAAAUGGUUCCGUGAAAGAAGAGGCCCCUGGAGACCCCCCAGAGUCCCUGGAGCCCUUUGGAGUUGCUCUGCCAGAGAGAGGAAGGAUGGAGACACCCCCUUUGGCCAAGGAGGGGAGCGGAAAAGACCCCUCAGCUCUUCAGCCUGUGAGCUGUGGGGAGAGCUGGACCAGAACCGGGCAGAAGGUCCUGCAGGAGGGAACCAUCCUCCCUUCAGAAGUUCCACCCUGGAUCUCCAUCCAAUACCGGGAGGCUGAGGGUCCCCGAGAACUUUGCAGCCGACUCCAUAACUUGUGCAGGCGAUGGCUGAACCCAGGAAAGCACAGCAAAGCCCAGAUGCUGGACCUGGUGGUUCUGGAACAUCUCCUGUUCCUCCUGCCCCCAGAGAUAGAGGGCUGGGUGCGGGAGUGUGGAGCAGAGAGCAGCUCCCAGGCGGUGGCCCUGGCGGAAGGCUUCCUUCUGAGCCAGGCGGAAGAGCAGAAGGAGCAGCUCCAGUGUCAGAGCUCCACUGUGGAGAUCAGAGAUGCUGAGGGAAAGAAGAACCCAUCAAAUCCCCCUCAGGAGCCAUUUUUCAGGAGGAUCCCUUGGGAAGAUCCAAGUCAGGACCCCUCAGGAGAGAAACAAAGAAUGAAGCUUUUUGGUUCUUAUGAUGGCAAUCAAACAGCGGUUGAACCUCCAACUCAAGAGGGUCUGGUGUCCUUCGAGGAGGUGGCUGUGUAUUUCUCUGAGGAGGAAUGGUCUCAGCUGGAUCCUGACCAGAAAGCGCUGCAUUCGGAAGUCAUGCUUGAAAACCAUAGGAACGUGGUCUCUCUGGGUAAUAAUGGGCUGGAAAAUCAAGAUUCCUGUGAACUGUUCCAAGUGAUCAAUGCUAAAGAUGGAACGGAGAAGUUUGAAAUUCGAAUGGAAUUCGAAAGCCAUGAGAGAAAUCAGUCAAAGAAUUGCAACCAGAAAAGCUCAUCUUCCAUUGAUGCUCUGAUGCAAAACAAAGGAGAUGAUGCUAUAAGAAGACACAAUGGACAAAAUUACAAUGGGACAUUCAUUCUUUGCCUUGGGAAUAACUUCUUUAAAUCUCAAAAAGUGAUUGACACAAAAGAGAAGCCUUAUAAAUGUUUGGAAUGUGGAAAAUGUUUUAGAAGAAACAGGGAAUUUACUAUCCAUAAAAGGAUCCACACAGGGGCGAAGCCGUAUAAAUGCAUGGAGUGUGGAAAGACCUUUGCUCAUGACAGUUAUUUUAAAAGGCACAAAAUGAUGCACGCUGGAGAGAAAUCAUUUAAAUGCAUGGACU